CGACCGCAGCGUAAUUUAGAGGCAGCAGCAAGCCUUAACAUCUCUGCUCUAAACUCCUCCGAUCUAGCUAAGCAAUGACAAUGUCUCGCCCCUCUCAAAGAAGUGGCAGCUUGUUAGCCUUAGCCCUUGCCAUUUGCCUGUUGAUCCCAUGCUGCUUCUCGGACAAAGCAGUCGUAGAAUUGUUUGAGAGAGCGUGCCAUUGCUUCGAUGACCCCACUAUUUAUGACAAGUGCGCGGAGGACUUCAGGCUGAACGCGAAGGGGGCGUUCCACGUGCAGAAGAAGUCCGUCGACGAGUACUGCGGCGGGCCGUGCUUGGAGGAGACGAAGCUGGCGCUGCAGUGCGUGGAGGAGGUGGCCGCCGAGAGCUUCAGAUUCUCCAACGGCGCGUCGGUGCUGGCAGUGAAGCAGGCGCUUGGCACGGGAUGCAGCGACGGCCCCGACAGAGGAACCUUUGAGAUCCGGGAGCGCAAAGACUGCGUCGAUGAGUACAACUACCACCAUCCCCGCGACCACGAGCAGGAGCAGCCGGCGGCCGCGGGCCGGUACUACGGCGAGGGGAGCCAGCAGCCGUACGGCCAGCACGGCGCCGGCUGGGGCGAGGGGGGCGACGAGUACUGCUACGGGGAUGCGGGCAGGCUAGGAGGGCUCUCCGGCUUCCUGCAGAUGCUGCUGCUGCUCGUCGUCUCUGCAGCGCUGCUCCUCGCACUCUGAAUUCAGCCUGUACGACCAGGCUGUUAGACGAUGUUUGGGGCCUAUCUAGUGGUGGCCACAGUUAGAUGGUGUUGAUUAUCAUGUACUAUAUGCUACUGUAUCGGUUCUUUUCUGCUCGUCGUUUCGAAUAUAGGCGCGUCUAUAGUACACACUUUUAACCA